UCCCGGGAGGAGAGCUGCAACAACAAACAUUCAAUGUUCCUGUCAACUUUCAUUUGAAGCUAGGUUGUGGAGUACCCUACACUUUCAGCUUUUCCAUGUAGUUUUUUUAAUUGCCUUUUCCUGGCGAGGAAGUACCGCAGGCGGAAGGAAAUUCAUCAUUUUCGUAGACGUAGACAGGUUCAGAUUGUCAAUCAUUGAGAGGGACAGGGAGAGGUAACCACAGCGAAGGAGGCCAUCAUGGCCACGGGCUUGUCUGGGCCGGUAUGGGUGGUUGGCCCAGAUGGCUACCAAGUCCCAGCCACUGUCAUAGAUUCCAGCGAUGGCAAGAUAAAAGUGAAACUCGACGACGGCAAGGAAUUUGAGGCGCCAAGCAAAGAUGUUUCUGAAAUGACUGACAAUGACCCAAACGGAGUCGAAGAUAUGAUCCAGCUCAGUGAGCUGCAUGAAGGUGCAUUGCUGGAGAACAUUUGUCGGCGGUAUCAACGGGAAAAGAUCUACACAUACACAGGAAGCAUUUUAGUUGCUGUCAACCCGUACAAGAUGUUUGAUAUGUAUGGUAUGGACUAUGUACGCAAGUACGAAGGUCAGCUCAUUGGUAAGCUGCCCUCACAUAUCUUUGCCAUUGGCAGUGGAGCUUUCGCUGCCAUGAUGAAGACCAAGGAAGAUCAGUGUGUAGUUAUCAGUGGAGAAAGUGGAGCAGGAAAGACGGAAAGUACUAAGCUCAUCAUGCAGUACUUGGCGGCUGUGAACAAGUGUUCUAGUUCACUUAUCACGGAGCAGAUUCUGGAAGCAAGUCCCAUCCUUGAAUCCUUUGGGAAUGCAAAGACUGUGCGCAACAACAACUCUAGUAGAUUUGGAAAGUAUAUGGAGAUCAACUUUGACUCGUCUGGUAUCAUUUCUGGUGCCAAGACAACGGACUACUUACUUGAAAAAUCUCGUAUUUGCACCCAACCUGAAGGAGAGAGAAACUACCACAGCUUUUAUGAGCUGUGUGUUGGUCUGCCAGACGAGGAGAAGGCCAAGUUUGGUCUCGCAUCUCCUGAUGAUUACUUCUAUCUUAACCAGGGUAAAGCUUGCACUCUCACUGGCAAGAAUGACGUGGAAGAUUUCAACAACCUUGUCAACGCUUUUGAGGUCAUGGGAUUUGCGACCUCCUUGAAGGACAGCAUUUUCUCCAUCUUGGCUUCCAUUCUGCAUAUCGGUAAUCUGACUUUCAGCAAGGGUGGUAAUGAUGGUUGCCAGGUUGACAAUGGAGAUGAGCUUGCAGCAGUAGGAGCCCUGCUGGGCUGUGCAGGUGAAGGAGUUGGUGUUUCUCUCACCAAUAAAGUCACUGUUACUCGCGGUGAACAGUUCAAGACUCCGCUGAAACCGGCACAGGCACUGGAUGCUAGGGAUGCGCUGGCCAAGGCUCUGUACUCACGUCUUUUCAGCUACAUCGUUAUUCGGAUCAAUGAGGUUGUUUGUAAGGACGUCAAGAUUGCCUCUGUCGCAAUUCUGGAUAUCUUUGGAUUUGAGGACUUCAAGGUGAACUCCUUUGAACAGCUCUGCAUCAACUAUGCUAAUGAGAAUCUGCAGUUCUAUUUCAAUCAGCACAUUUUCAAGUUGGAACAGGAAGAGUAUGACCGCGAGAAAAUUAGCUGGUCAAAGAUCUCUUUCAAUGACAAUCAAGGCUGUCUUGAUCUGAUUUGCAAGAAACCUGUUGGUAUUCUCAACAUCCUGGAUGACGAAUCCAAUUUCCCCAAGGCUAGCGAUGAUUCGUUUUUGGAGAAGAUUCACCAGCAGCAUGCCAAACACCCAUACUACGUCAAGCCAAAAGUGCGUAAUGGCAAGUUUGGCGUGAAACAUUAUGCUGGCUGUGUCACAUACGAGGUCAAGAUGUUCCUGGACAAAAACCGUGACACUCUUCGUCCUGACUUGAUCGAGCUUCUUCAUGGCAGCUCAAUGUCGCUUGUGGUAUCACUGUUUGAGCAAGACUACACAGCGAUGCAAGAGGCACAAAGUGGCGGUGGUGGUGGUGGCCGUGGCAAGAAGAAGAAGUCUCCCACAACAUCUGCUAAAUUCGAUUCUUCUCUGAGAGAAUUGAUCUCUGCAAUGUCCAAGUGUCAUCCAUACUUUGUCCGAUGUGUGAAGCCGAAUCCUAACAAGAGGCCGAGUGAGUUCGUGAAGCAAAUGGUCCUGGAGCAGCUGCGUUAUUCUGGAAUGUUGGAAACAAUUCGGAUUCGGAGAGCUGGCUAUCCCACCCGUCUGAAGUUUGAGGUCUUUGCUAAGAGAUACCAGCUUCUUGCGGGCGCUAACAAGGAGUUGUGUGCAAAGGACCCCAAAGGUGUCUGCGUGAACAUCUUGUGCAAGGGUGCUAGUGAGCAUGAAGAAAUGUUCCAGAUUGGGCAGACCAAAGUCUUCAUGCGUGAAGCUUUGGAACAAAUCCUGGAAGAAGGCCGAGCAAGAACAUUGCACAAGUAUGUCCUAGUCAUUCAACGCUUUUCAAAGGGAUUGGUUUACCGGAGACGCUACCUGAAGCUACGAGCAGCAGCGACUAUGGUGCAGGGACAUUUCCGAACGCGAAACCUGAGGAAAUUGUUCAAGAAGAAGAAGCGUUCAGCCGUGAUCAUGCAGUCCAUGUGGCGCAUGUAUUCUCAACGCAAGAAGUACAUUGUGCUCCGAGAUGAAGAGCGAGAACGUAAGAGAAAGGCCGAAGAGGAGAAGCGGAGACAAGAAGAAGAGCGGAAGCGUCUUGAAGAAGAAAAGCGCCGGCAAGAGGAAGAGAAGAGAAGACAAGAAGAGGAGAAACGUCGCCAAGCUGAAGAAGCACGUCGUGAAGCCGAACAGCGCAGAAAAGAAAUGGAAGAGCGCGCCCAGCGAGAAGCCGUCUUGGAAGCUGAGAAGAAAGCCUUCGAGGAGGAAGAGGCCAGAAAUUUGGCCGAAGCUAAGAAACUGGAGGAGGAAGCAAAGCAGCUCGAGGACGAAGCCAAUGCCAUGGAAGAGGAAGCAAUGGUCAUUGCGGCCUUGGUCAAACCCAAAGUUACUGAUGUCACCACUUUGGAGGUUCCUGCUGAACUGGCCUCGCUCUUUGAUAAAAUUGCUGGAGGAUGGAGACCAAUAACAGCAGAAAAGGGUACUAGUCAACCCAGUCAAUAUGAGGAAGUUCUACAGCUACCACUUGACAUGGAGUUGGUACCUGGAGAUAUUGCUGGAUAUGUCUUCAGCAAGUUUAGGAGUGCCUUCUUCCGGGAGGGUCAAGACUACGAGCACCGGACUGUACCCCUUGAGAGAUCACUGAUACCUCUCAAUGAAUCCCUUGAAGUGGAGGCUUUGGGUAUCUUCAAACUCAUCAUGAGGUUCAUGGGUGACGAAUCCCUUGCUGGACCAUUGGAAACAAUGGCUGCUCGUUACAUUGUGCAAUCGGGAAUUGCCACCAUGGAGCUCAGAGACGAAGUCUAUUCUCAGCUCGCUUGUCAGCUGAAGGUACCAGACGAAUUUAAACUUGAGCGCGGCUGGCUUUUGAUGGCGGUGUGUCUGGCUUCAUUCCCGCCAAGCAGCAAGAUGUUCAAGUACCUAUUUAACUUUGUCAACUCGUCAGCAAUUCCCAAGUACAAGGAAUUUUGUGAAAAAGCAUUGCUCCGGACUCCUUGUCAGAAGAACUAUUUGGGACGUUCAUAUCCACCUUGCCUCCUUGAGGUCAACGGCCUGAAGCAACAGAAAGCACUGGCCAUGCAGUUUGAAUUCCCAGAUGGUGUGUGUCUGUGCUCGACUCUGGAUUCGUUUGUGACUGCUGAGAAACUUGCUGGAUACCUAGCCCAUGCCAGGGGUUGUGGAGCACCAGGAUGGACAGUGUGUAUUAACCGCAACGAUGGAUACCACGAGUUGUCUGGCUCUGACACGGUGCUGGAUUUGGUGUCGGCACUGGAGCUGCCGGAGGGAUUUCCUGAAUCUCACCAACCUGGAUUUGGGACUGGAUCUCUGAACCAUGGUCAUGGGAGCACAUGUGCUGAACUGCCUCGAUUCGUUGACAAACUCUUUGGAAGUGGAAAUCCCAACGCAUUAAACACGAAUAUCACAACAGCUGUACAAGGAUCCGGAAGGGGCGGUGGUGGUAUGCCACCUCCACCACCUAAGCUAACUGUCACAGAAGAAGAUGAUGGACUCGGAGAUGGGAUGGACCUGCCCCCUCCACCUGAUUGCAUGAUGAGUAGUGAGGAUACCAGUGCUGGCAGUGGUGCUUCUGCUGAUAUGCCGCCUCCCAAUGUUCCACCUCCCAAUGCUGCUGUUGACGAGCCUGAACCAGAUGUUGAGGUGCCCUUCUCCACCGAACCUGCGGGUCCACUUCCAAACUUAGCAAGGCUAAGUGGUGAUGAAGCACUGCAGCCAUAUAUUGCCUACAACAUCCCUGGCUUUAGGCUUGGUGUCAGAAAAGAGACAUUGCACUUCUCUGAGAAGCUGGCUGACCCAUUGACGAAUCACCUCAUCUACGUGCAGAUCAUCAAGGAUAUGCUUUCUGGUGUUACACAUCGUCUAACAGAAGAGAACCAGGAAGACUUACGGAAGAUUUUGAAUCAGUACCAGAUUAAUGAGAACAAUGUUGGAAACCAGUCUGCAGCGGUCAAGAAAGAAGUUGUGCUUAUGGUGACCAAGUUCCCGCUCUAUUUCUCUAAGAUCUUCCCAGUCAAGGCUGGCCCAACUGCUCCUCCAACAUGUACUCACGUUUCCGUAAAUGCCAACGGUGUUGGAUUAUUGCAGUCAAAGGAUAUGUCAUUCCAAAUCCUCUCAUUUUACAAGCUUACUGAUGUUCAUGACUUCAGCGGAUCUGAGCAAGCUGUUCUCAAGCUAACGCUCAUGGAUCAACAGAUGGAGUUUGCCACCCGGCGUGCGCCCAGCAUUGCCGAGUACAUUGAAGGCACUAUGCGCUCUCUAGAAAAGGACGCCAGAUAUGUGUUAGCCACCCAGGACUAUAUGACCUCAGAAGAAUCACUUCUUAGCUUCCAAGUCAAUGAUAUCAUUAAGCUGAAAGCAAAGGAGGGUGGAAAUGAAGAAGGAUGGCUGUUUGGAAUUUGCAAUGGCCUACAAGGUAGCUUCCCCGCUGAGCUUGUCACACCCAUCCUGGGUGAGCCAACUGAACAAGCUGUCAAUCAAGCCAAGCUCUUGAUCCAGAAGAAAGCAAAGCGUGAGCAAGACGAGCGGAGAAAGCAGCGUGCUGCAGACCGUCGUGCUGGUGUUGUGCAGCGUCGUGACAGUAAUGCUUCUCAGGUUGAUUUGGGAGAAAGUGAGCUAUCCACUGGAAAGUAUUCCAUGUUGGAAUUUGCUAUGCAGUACUUCAGGCAUGGACAGGAGCGUGCUGACAUGCAGCGUAAACUGGAUGGAUCAAUCCGUGGUACAUUGCGAACACUAGGAUCUAUCAGAAUCAAAGCUAAAACUGCUGAAGUCAAGAAAGGAAAGUCUUGGAGCUGGCGGGAGUAUGCUGAUCUGGUGAAAUUCACCAAGUCACCCAUUCAAGCCUCAUUGCUUAAAUUGGAUCCGAAGAACACCCAGAUAAACAAGUUGGCAGUGGAGUGCUUUAUUGCUAUUAUGAGAUUCAUGGGUGACUAUCUCAUGAAAGGCAAGCAAGAAACUGACCUCGUCUAUUUCAUCCUGAAGACAUGCCAUGACCAUGAAGAGCUACGCGAUGAAGUGUAUUGUCAACUCAUCAAACAAACCACAACUAACAAGAGCACCAAGACGGAUAGCUGUGCUCGUGGCUGGAGAUUGAUGAUGAUCUGUACUGCCUACCAUGGCUGCUCAGAUCUCCUGCGACCAUUCCUCUACAGAUACCUGCAGGUCACAGCACAAGAUACCAAGAGAGAAUUCCACUCCACUGCGUCUAUCUGUGAGUCAAACAUGAAGCUAACAUCACGUCUUGGUGGCCGAAAGGAUCCACCAGGAAAGUUGGAGCUGAAGGCAUUGGCUAGUGGCCGGCAUACAAAGAGGCAGAUGUUCUAUUUGCCAGGUGACAUGACCAAGGUUGUCAAGAUCAAGACGUGUACGAUCGCCCGUGACGUCAUCCGGGAUUUGUGUGGAAUGAUGGGUCUGACUUCUGAGCUGGAUUGCGAUGAAUAUGGACUGUAUGCUGAUCUUGGAAAACAAUCUCUUCCACUUCCCAUCCAGCCGAACGACUACAUCCUGGACAUCACAACCAUGUUGGAACGGCAAAAGCUGGAAUACUGGCUCUUCUUUAAAAAGAUUGUUUGGUUCCGUCCAAUGCGUUUGGAGAACGCCCUUUUCAUCAAUCUCUUGUAUCACCAGAUUCGCCCAGAUGUCAUGCGUGCUCACUUGAUUGUUCUGGAUGGUGGACAGCUUGACCCUGAUGUACAACUACGCGUGUCACUGUUAGCAUCCUUACAGCAUCGUAUUCUUGGCCAGGAUCAGCCGCCCACACGAGCACAAGUUUCAAAACUCCUACCGCCCAGCCUGGCACACAUGUCAACUCCUGACCAAUGGGUUUCAGAAGUAGCACAGGAAUGGGACGAAAUUGCCAGCAGAAUCCUUCCAAUGGAUGCCAAGGCCAAGUAUCUUAGUGUGGCCAUGACUUUCCCAUUGUACGGAUCGUGCUUCUUCCCGAUUAAGAAUGCCUCCGAUUCCAGAGUGCAAGGUGAAUCCAUCAUGGCGAUUAACAAGUCUGGUGUACAUUUCCUCAGCUACAAGACUAGGGAAACACUUGUGACGUACACCUUCGGCGAAAUUGUUUCCACAAGGAAGCUAAGAUCUAACUCUGGCCGCCAGUACCUUGACCUGAAGUGUGGCAACUUGAUGGUUGUCAAAGUCACUCGAUGUGAAACACCCUAUGGUCGUGAAAUUGGUCCACUGAUUGCACUCUACAGCAAAAUGCACCUGGAGGAGAAGCGCAGAGGUGAAGACCAACAGGGUAUCUUCCGUGCUGAUGCUGCACUGGCGGCAGGUACGUACUAGAUGACGGCAAGAUGAUGGCUGUCAUCAGCGGUUUUUUUUAUGUGGAAUUCUGCAAUGGUCUUGUAUUCGUGCCAAGAUAUGCUACUAGCGAUGGAUGUGGCCUUAUUUUUUCUUGAAAAUCCUUCAUGGUUUGUUUUGCUAAUAGAUGGCUAAAGAUUACUCUCUUUUUCUUAGCUAACAUGAUUUUAUGACUAUUAGAACAUUACUGCAGAUUUCCUCUCUACCCAACCUAUGCUUGUAAUAACUGCUUAUUUCCGUAUUUAUUUCCUUAUCGGUAUUGCAGACGAGUUUGGGGUCAUGACACUGCACUUGUUUAUGCUGAAUUCAGUCCUGUCUAUAAAGUAAAAGAGUUCAAAACUAUCUUUCUUUUCAUCCUGUUCAUCCAAGCAAAGUAAUUGCUAAGAGAUAGCUUCCUUUCUGAUGCUUCUAACUAACCAUCGACAUCAGAUACAAUAUUUCUCCUGAUUUUUGAAUUGAGAAUUUUGACUUGCUGCUUUAGUUUCGUUCGACUGCUGAUUUUUGCGCCAUGUAUAGCCACAUAUGUUAUCUAACUUCUCCGUUUGGUUUGGGUGUUUGCAAAUCCACACCGAAUUGCACAGAAGAUGCUAAUUAUGAAUGAUUUUGCUUUUCAACUACUGUGUUGGAAUGAUAUAAUUUAAUUUUCAUCAAUUUUGUGAAAAUGUGCUUCCAGUUUACACUUUGCCGUAUGCUUA